GCAAGAAAGCUAGGGGGGGCCACAGGGGGGGAGCGACGACACAGAACACAAUAAACGGCAGCCAUCAUGGCAAGACAACCAGCCAAAACUUUAUGGUAUGACCGUCCACGCUACGUUUUUCUGGAAUUCUGUGUGGAAGACAGCAGGGAUGUAAAAGUGGACCUUGAUGAUUACAAGGUAAUAUUCAGCUGUAAGAAUGCUGAUGGCGUUGAAAUAUACAACGAGAUUCACUUUUAUGCCCGAGUAAAUUCCAAGGAUUCUCAAAAUAAGCGUUCAGGCAGGUCUAUCACACUCUUUACACGCAAAUGGAAGGAGAAAGUGCCGUGGCCACAUCUCACCAAAGAAGAUUUCAAGCCAGCAUGGCUCUCAGUGGACUUUGAUAACUGGAGAGACUGGGAAGGAGAUGAAGAGGUGGAAGCAGCCAUGGUCGAACAAUAUGCAGAGCUCAUGCAAAAAGUUACUAAGAAAGAUUCACCCCCAGCCAUGGAUGAUCUUGAUGAUGACAGCUGAAAUGGCACAUCUCUCUGACUGGACUGCUACCUUAAUUUACUACUGCUAUAGUCAGCAGUGACAUGGGACUAGGCCACAUACUGGCUAAGGCCUAGAACACGGAAGCAGAUGUGAUCUGGCAAAGUGUUUCAAAUGUAUUUAUUUUCAAUGAGUAUUAAAUUAUUUUACUGUAAUUUUUCUGGAUAACUUUAAUAAACAAUUCUUUGGCCCAAUA